GCGGAGAACCUGAGUUGUAUUUUCCAUCGACAACGCGUCUCUCUGUCUCUCUCUUCCUUCUCUCUCUGAUCAAAACCCUAAUUUUCGAUCGCCAUUAUCGACCCCUCGGCGAGAUCGCUAGGGUUUUGUCGUCUCCGAUCCCAUAUCCUCGGAUCGUCUCGAGCUCUCUACCCCUUCCUCCUCCGCCGCCGCUGCGAUGGUCGGCUCGGGCGUCGCCUCCUCCUCGGCGCGUGGCCUUGACGUUGACCGCUUCUACAAGUCUCCGCCCGUGCGGAGGCAGCUCGAGCAGCAGAAGAAGCUCCAGCAGCAGCAGCCGCCGCCUCCGACGCAGGCUGCGGCGCCGCCUCAGAGGCCGUCGCGGCCGAAGCCGAGGCCGUCCCCUCCCACCGAGCCGGAAAGCCGGCUAGACUCGGACGAUUCCUCUUCGAAACCCUCGGUUUCGUCGUCGUCCUCCUCCUCUUCACCCUCGCCUCUUCCGAUCCCUCCUGCGGGGAAUCUCGAUCGGUUUCUCGAGGCGACCACGCCCGUAGUACCCGCACAACACUUCCCGAAGACGAUCGUGAGGGGGUGGAGGGAUUGCGAGGAUUCGAAACCCUACUUUUGCCUUGGAGAUCUCUGGGAGUCGUUCAAGGAGUGGAGUGCGUAUGGCGCAGGGGUGCCGCUCGUGUUGAAUGGGAGCGAUCGUGUGAUUCAGUAUUACGUGCCCUACCUCUCCGCGAUUCAGCUCUAUGCUGACCCCUCUAGGGCCUCUUCGAGAUCAAGGCGACUUGGGGAGGAAAGUGACGGAGAACUUUACAUGGAUACUAGCAGUGAAAGCAGCAGCGAGAGUGAAGCUGAUCGACUGAGGGAAAGAGGUGCAACCAUGGGGACCACCAUAGGCCAAGGCGGCUUUUUGAGUGAUGAUGGUGAGGCUUGCACCGCACCAUUACUUCCUAUAUUCGAGUAUCUAGAGAGGGAUCCACCUUAUGGUCGAGAGCCUUUAGCUGACAAGAUAUCAAUUCUUGCAAGCAAAUUUCCAGACCUGAAGGCAUACAAAAGCUGUGACCUACUACCAUUAAGUUGGAUGUCUGUCGCUUGGUAUCCCAUAUACAGAAUACCCACAGGACCAACAUUGAAGGAUCUGGAUGCCUGUUUCUUGACAUUUCAUUUGCUGGCUACACCUAAAAAUACGAGCAUUACGAACCUGGAAGCCAGCGGCCCCUCUAGGGUUAGGAGUAUCAACGGUUCCGUGGAAAUAUCCACGAAGCUAUCAUUGCCUGUAUUCGGGCUGGCGUCGUACAAGUUCAGAGGUUCUAUGUGGACUUCCAACGGAAUGCAUGAGCGCCAGCUGGCAAGCUUGCUGCUGCAAGAAGCAGAUAAUUGGCUUCGGGAUUUGCAAGUAGACCAUCCAGACUACCGCUUCUUUAUGUCCCACUACAGUACAUUUAGGAGGUGAUCUUGUGUAAGAUAAUCAAAAACUUUUGUUUGGAGGAGAAAGAGAACCUAUUGUAGGGACUUAAAAAGAAGGGAGUAGUUCUACAGUUUUGGCAUGUGGUGAGAUUGCUGUUUAUUUCGUUAAUACAAGUUUACGGGAAUUGUUGUAGUAGUAAAUAUGUAACGAAAUAAAGUGUUGAACUGGUUAUGCGUGACCUAUUUCAUCCUGU